UUAUUUAAUCUAACAUUUGAUAUAGUUACAAAAUAUGUAUUUCUUACUAUUUGGUUUAAAUACAGUUCUUUGUUUAAUACUUCUGUGGUACUGGAAUACCUUGGCGCCUAUUGGGGUCAUAUUACUUCUGGCUUUAUUAUUCGAAAUCUUUGCUGCGUUUUUACAGUCACAGUUUACUGGUAGAAAUGAGAAAAAGACAAUUUUUCGAAAAUAUCCUGAGCAACAUGGAUAUUGCAACGAAGAUAGUGACCCAGUAAAACCGAGAAAUGUCCAAAGGAAUUUACCAAGAACAAGAAAUAGGUCUAAUACAGAGCUAAGAACUUCAAAGGAGGCAUGCAUUGCUGGAUCUGUUGAUAACGAUAAGAGACGAGUAGAUGAUCGAUUAGACCUGACGUCACAAGCGCUGAAAAAAUUUCCGGGUUAUAAAACUGGUAAACAAAAUACGAAGAAAUCAAAACAAUAUCGAAGAAAGACAGUCAUCAAGUUUAAACAGUUGGUGAGCACAACACAUGAAAAUAUCGAAAGGAAUGAGCCCGAGAUUGGACAUGUAAAUAAAAGAGCCGUUGAUGCUGAAACUGAUGUUGAAUUAGAGAAACCAAAAUUUGUCAUAGGCAACAGGAAAAGAGAAAAAAAUGUGAAGGUCACGGAUUGCGUCCAGCACUUGAAAGAAGACGACGAAAGUGAUGUUAAUUCAAUAAAAGGAAUUGAAGAAGUUGGGACAGAUUUAAGGAAUCCUCAAGAGUCAGAGUGUACAGUCUCCACCGAGAUCGUGUGUGUACACGACGCGGCUGCCUCUAACAGUUUAACAGAAACCUACCCAUCUGAGAUGGCGGCGAGAAAUAUUGCUAGAUUGAUACAGGAAGGCCAAGAUGCAUUUCAAGCGGGUAACAAAGAAGGUGCCAAGCAGAAAGCAUUACAGGCGAUCGCGGGCAUCAAUAUAGAGAAAGAGAAGUUACUUACAGGCAAGAAAACAGACAUAAAUGAACAACAGCUUGGAGACUGGUAUGGUGGCUGUUCUUUCGUUAUGAACAAGAUAGGAGAAAACAUAACGGCAACAAAAUGCUUCUAUACAGCAACUGUUUUCGAUCCGUCAUGGGAUGUGACCAACCAUAAAAACGUUUAUAAUGUUCUUUGGACGUCGCUUGUCUUCUCAAAGGACAAAGACGAUCUGUCCAAGGAAUAUAAGGGUCUCAGGCGACUGCUGAUGGAAAUAGAUGACUUGGCUAAACUUGCAGAGAGUCGAGGCAAAUGGAAUGUUUGUGCUGCAGCUGAUGGUGACAUCAACAAAAUCUUCUCUUACUUAAUGCGACAAGGCCUCGCAGACAGUGAAUUGAUCAAACAACCAGGGCGAAAGGCAUCUUUGUGGCGGUCUGCAAGAUGUUUUCUCCGAAUGGGAAUGCAAGAAGACGCGAGGAAGCUUUGUAGUACAAUUCUUCAACAUGCGUGCGACUAUGACGACCCAGAGGCUUUCGAGAUUUGGGCUUUCUCCUUGUAUGCUACAAAAGACUUUGACCUAGCUCUCGAAAAGUGCGAGUUAGCUCUAAAUUAUUGCAAGGAUAAGAGCUACAGACAACGGUUAGAAGCGUUUCGAUCAGAGAUACAAAAGCAGAUAGCAGUUAACACUCGCCCUGAACAGAAUGGAGAAGCUGGCGAUACAGGUAGUUCAGCUGCAACAAAUAAACAAUGGGUUACACAAGGAAACAAAAACAAAAGGAAAAGCAGACAUGCGAAAGCUAAUGCUCAUACACAGCCUUCAGGCUCUUCUCGUAGUACACCUGACAGAGGAACACCAAAUGUUUCAAGGACAAAGCCAGAAACACAAAAGGCUAUGAGCAAAUUUGCUAGAAAGCUUAAGUAUGAAACGGGAGAAAUCAUAUACCAAAGAGCAAGAUAUUCGAGUACAUGUAGCACAGCGACAACGACUACAGACGGUUCAGAGUUUGAAACAUCAUCGCAGUUUGAUGACAGUGAGCAAGAGUUGUCUUCCGAUGAUGAAAGUUUUGAUUACACUUCAUCUUCAAGAGAAGAAACUCCAGAUGCAAGUGUUGCACCUGAUAUAGACCCAGAAGAAGAGGCAAUGAAGGAAGAAAUGACAUUCUAUGAGCAAAGUAUGAGAUUUUAUCAACAGAACGAUGACAGUACAGAAUAUUUAGGCAAAGCCGACUCUGACGAAAAACUUCUUAAAUAUGGUAUAAAACUGAACAUGUCAUACAUGCAUCAGUUUGAAGACAAGCAUCCGGAUGUGUUGAAACGUGACCAGUUUUACCCAGAUUUUCUUGACGAAGGUCAGCUAAAGCAAAAGCUUUUACUGAAUCCAAAGAAGUACAUCAGAUGUGUGAUACAGAUAGAAGGAUCUCACGAGGCAUAUUGCACACCAGUAGAUACAAAUGACUCGAUUCACAUAAUUGAAAUUUCCGGACGGUCAAAAAUAGGACAAGUUUUUAAUGAAGAUGAAGUUGUAGUUGAAAUUCUAGACGAAGAUAGUAAGGAUAAAAAAGAUAAACGAUUUGGCAUGGUUAUUGGAAUUUGGAAUAGGCAGCGCCAUAAAGAUACGAAACAUCCGGUAUUUAUUUGUACCCUUGAUGAUAUUGAGAGUAACCUUGUCCGCCCAAUGUGCAAGACAAUUCCAAAGCUUCAUAUCGUUGAUAGAGAAAUAUCACAGAAAUAUACCUCGCGUAUUGCCAGAAGGUAUAAAGUCGAAACGUACGACUACGAUGAAGUAGCUGAGACACUAUGCAACCCCAAAAUAUUUAACUUGAAUCCAGCAGAUCUAAGGUCCUACAUCUUUCUUGUUGCUUUCAUAAGCUGGAGUCCACGCCACAUAUAUCCAAGGGGAGCUAUAAUAAAAAUGCUUCCCACUGGUCUAUCGCAAUCAACAGGGUUAAUGAUAUUGAACCUUCAGCAUGAAGUUCCAACAUUGUACAGAAAGGCUACAGUGGAUCAAAUAGCAAGUGUAUGCAACAGACUUGGUGACGAGCCGUCCAGUCAGCUUCUUCAAGGCCGAAGAGACUUAACUGGACUGAAUACAUUUACGAUCGACCCACCCGAUUCAAAAGAUCUUGACGACGCUCUUAGUGUUGAACGGAUUGAUGGCGGAUACAAAGUUGGAGUGCAUAUUGCAGAUGUUGCUAUGUACGUACCACAGAAUUCACCUCUCGAUGAAGAGUCUAAACAAAGGGCUACUACAUUUUACCCUGGAAUCCGAAGACCAAGAAAUAUGUUACCAGAACCUUUCAGUACAAAAGUAUGUAGUCUGUUACCAGAUAAAAAAAGAUUAACAAUUUCCCUUUUCUUUUACCUCACUAAUACAGGCAGGCAAAUGCAGAUGGAGGGAAGCAAUUUCGAAGUUACAGCAUCUUAUAUAAGAUCGAAAAGACAAUUAACAUAUAGUGAGGCUCAAGAAAUAAUUCUAUCGCCAAGGUUAGAUGAAGAUAAUGACCUGACGAAGGAUAUCAAGACCCUAUUUAAAGUUGCCAAAGAAGUUAGGAAACGUCGUCUUGGAAAUGCAAUGUUUGCUAUGGACUUAGACUGGGAAGAAUCGGAAGAAGGAGAAUCCGAUAGUCAAACAGUAGAAGCACAUUAUCUUGUUGAAGAGUUUAUGAUUAUGUCGAACAGAAAAAUAGCCGAGUGGCUACUCAGACAUAAGUUCAAAGGGUAUUCACAGUGCAUUCCACUUCGUUCUCAGCCACCCCCUUCUCAAGAAAAUUUGGAAGAAUUUCUUCAGAAGAACAGUUGCUACGUAGACAUUCUUCUGAGACUUCAAGGGAAACAGCUUGGUCCAAAAAGGCCUGACUUCCGCGAAUGUCUAAGAGACGAAAAAAGGAAAACGGUAAUGAUAAGAAAAAAUGUAUGGGAUGCAAUGGUUAAAUCACCGAAAACUGCUUCUGAAUUCAUACGAAAAGACGACUUACAUCCUCUCCAGCUGACAGUUUACCAGCAAUGGUUAGCUAUUCAAGAAAGAGCUGGGUACAGAUGUUCCGGAAGCAUAAAAGGCGAGGAGGACGGGAAACAUGCCAGCUUAAAUAUGUAUCCUUACACACAUUUUACCUCUCCGAUAAGGAGAUAUAAUGAUCUCAUCGUCCAUCGACUCGUUCAUGCUGCUUUCAAAAACAAGCCUUGUCCGUAUGAAAAGCGAGACAUAGAGAGUAUAUGUGUACAUAUAAAUUCAGUAACGAAGAGGGCGAAGGAAUAUGAAAAAGGAUGCAAGGCACUUCAGAAGGCAAUAGAAUUUAAGACCAGUCCCAGAAUGCUGAACUGUUGUGUCGAUGAUGUGUCAGACAGAGGAGUAACUUUGUGUUCACCAUGGUUGAAAUUUGUUCCGAAACCUCAUCGGGAACUCACGUUUAAUCUGCUAGAUAUGGGACACAAACCGGAAUCUGUAGAGGAUCCAGAAACAAAGUGGAUCAAGGUUAAAGCCAUGUGGAGAAAACGAUUAUACAAUUUUUCAGAGGCUCCUGAUUAUCCACCCGAUAAAGGAAACGAGCAUAAACUGAAUCCACAUAGAGGGGUAGUGUUGCUUCCUAUGCAUGAAUGGGCGAGAAUGUUGCGAGCCACUACUGAUGAACACGAAGAUGAUCUCGCUCGUGCUGUCAAAAAUGCAGGUGCAUCCCAUCAUCGUGGAGGGUUUGAUGACGUGAGCACUGAAUGUCGCAAUCCUUUGAAAAUCCAACCAAACACGAAGUUUUCAAUGUUAUAUUCUAGAGGACAACAACUCAAAAUACAGAUGUCUGCAUCACCAAACAAAGGGAUUAUUACACCAAAGCCAGUUCUUUACAGUAUGACGAACAAUAUCAAGUUUUGCCUGCAACAUACCGAAAAUCCAGUUCUACAUCUGUACCGUUACGUUACACGUUCAACAUGCGACAAAUACCAGGAUGUACGAAGCUAUCUCGAACGAUGGCUUCCACUCAUUUUGAUGGAAGCAGCAACAGGAAUAGUACGUAACGAAGAAUCGUGUUGCAUCAAUAACGUUACGGUAAAAUUUCUUAAAGAUAGGAAAGGAAAAUUUUCACUGGGUCUCGCUGAGUGCGAAAUUAGGAAUAUCGAAUUGUCUGGUACUGUAUCAGAAGACACUGAUGAUGUUAGAUGCGAUGAAACUGCGGGGUCAUACGACUGGUUGUGUUUAAAAGCACCAUUACCGAACUUAAAGAAAUCUUCUAGAACAUUUGAUUUUGAGAAUUUGAAUGCUUUUUGGAUUGGACAUGCCUCGGUGAUUAAGGUGGUGAAGCGAAAACAACAGCACUCCGCUGGUGGCAAUAUCAACAUAACAUUUCAGUUGCACGACAAAGCGCCAGAUCUUCCAUCCAACUUUCCAGCCGACACAAGAUUCAGUGUUGAGGUAUUGAAGAAAUCUGAAGUAGACAGGAGAACCGAGAGUUUUAUAAAAGAACUACCAUCUCAGAGUGAUUCAUUGGCAGCAAAAAUAGCCUUGAACAAACGUAUUCCAGAUUUUGACAGAAGCCGUGCCCAUAUUGCAAGCCUUAGGCACAACCAAGACCUGUUUUUCGAUACAAACCAUGACGAUCCAGGAAGAAGAAGAACUGUUCUUCCUCCAAACAAUGCUAUGCAGCAAGAUGCAGUCAAUAAAGCGUUAACUUCACGUUUUACUCUGAUACAAGGGCCACCUGGGACGGGCAAGACAUAUACAGGCAUAAAAUUGAUGUACCUUUUCGACAAAAUCAACUACCAACUGAGUAGAGAAGGCCAUGCCCGAAAGCAAGUUCUCUUCUGCGGACCAUCGAAUAGAUCAGUGGAUUUAGUUGCCAAAUGGAUGCUUCAGCGCAUGGAACAUUACAAACCCAACUUUAUUCGCGUGUACGGUAGAUCCAUAGAGGCCAUUGAUUUUCCUAUCCCCGGGAGAACUUUUUUGUCAAAGAGAAGCACAAGAAGUUCACAUACUGAUCCAGAUUUGAAAUCUGUAGCUCUUCAUCACUUAAUUCGUGAGAAAGGGAAAAAGUAUGCUGAAGAAAUCAAAGCAAGAGAUAAAUUCUUCAAAGAACACAAUUACGAACCAAUGCCAGAAUUGGUGAAGGAAUAUGUUCAUACAAUUCGAGAAGCUUCAAUAGACGAAAUUAGGAAAUAUGAUGUUAUUUUAUGUACAACUGCAGUUGGAGCAAACCCGAAGGUGCUCGAAGCAACAAAUGUGUACCAGGUAAUCGUCGAUGAAGCCGGCAUGUGUCCAGAACCACAGUGCCUUGUUCCAAUCAUUGCUACGAAAGCCGAACAAGUGGUACUGAUUGGCGAUCACAUGCAGCUGAGACCAAUCAUCAUGUGCAAAGAAGCCGCACUGCUCGGAUUAGACAAAUCGCUGUUUGAAAGAUACGCAACAACAGAUUCUUCGAAAAAUGUCCAGUUUACGAUGUUAACACAGCAGUAUAGAAUGAAUCCUGAGAUAUGCAGAUUCCCCUCCAAGCAGUUCUAUGAGUCUGCUUUGAAAACAAUGCCUGGUUUAUGGAGAGACGAAACUCUGCAUAUCUGGCCACAAGAUGCGAAAGGAGUUUACCCUCAUGUCUUAGUGCAUGUUGAAGGAGAAGAACAUGUUCUUACUGUAUCAACAGAAGACGGAAACGAACAAUCAAGAAGCAAUGAUGCGGAAAUUGAUCAUGUGAUAAUGACGUACAACUACUUGAAAAGAGAAAUUCCAAACGAGUCGAUACAGAUCCUGUCACAGUACAAUUCGCAAUGCUCUGAAAUUAAAAGAAGACUUAAAAUGGAAAAAGUGCAAGAAUAUGACGAAAUAGUCAGUACUGUUGUUUCAAGUCAGGGCGGGGAAUGGAACUAUGUUAUAUUUAGUACUGUGCGGUCCUUACCAGAAUACAAGAUAGAAAAGAAUCCUACUCUCGGCUGGUGUAAACAUAAUUUAGGAUUCAUUACUGACAGAAAUCAGGUGAACGUUGCCCUCACAAGGGCCCGAAAGGGACUGAUUAUCAUAGGUAACAAAAAUUUGUUAGUCUGUGACUACGUAUGGAAGAGACUAAUAAAACACUACGAGCAGCGAGGGUGUAUCAAAUCUGCAGAGGAAUUUCCACCGAAAAAUAUCAGAAAAACUCGGCAACAGAUUAUGGAAGAAGCGCAGGAAAGAAUCUAUCGUAGGUUCGGUGACUCCAUCUACGAGAAAGGAGAAGCAACUUCGUACGAAGGCGCUAUUGAUAACGACUACAAUGAAGAUGACAUGUGGAAUCGCAGAUUUGGUGUACGUUCGAAUCCUGCAAGGCGUAAUUUAGGCGGAACAGAAGUCGACAACUCUGCCUUAAUUAUCAAGCCGCUGACAGACGAUGCCUUAACGAUAUGGCCAGAAGAUGAACAAUCAACAUAUCCUCAUGUUCUAGUGCACGUUGAGGGAGAAGGGCGCAGAUUGACUGCAGAUGACUGGAUCAAUGAUUUGGAAGUUAAAUAUGCGGUAAAUAUGUACGCUUACUUAAAGAGAGCAAAUGUUAACGAAUCAGUUCAGAUCUUGUCACAGUCUACAGCACAGUGCUCUGAAAUCAAAAGGAGGCUGAAGCUAGAAUCUGAGGAAACGGAUACAGAUUUCGAUACAGUUGUUAGAACUGUAACGUCAAGCGAAGGGAUGGAAUGGAAUUACGUUAUAUUCAGUACUGUACGCUCACUACUUGACCAACAGUUUAAAACGAAUCCUGGCCGCGGCUGGUGUAAAUAUCACCUAGGAUGUCUUACCGACAGAAAGGAAGUCAACACUGCCCUUACUAGAGCUCGCAAAGGACUUAUCAUAAUAGGUAACAAAAACCUGCUCAGCUGUGACUCUGCGUGGAGGAAGCUUAUACAGUACUACGAAGACAGAAAUUGUGUUAAAGAUCCGGGUGAAUUUCCACCAGAUGAAGGCUUGAUUACUGAAGAAUCCACCUCAGACGAGGCGGCUACAUCAGAGGCGGCUACAUCAGACGGGGACUACAGCGAAAAUGACAUGUAAAGUCGCCGCCAUGUUUAGAAGUUAAAUGGACAGAGGGUCGGAGAAAGAGAUCUCCCAGGGAGUAGGAGUUUACAAAAAAAUGCACAUGAAGUGGUCUUUCUUUUUUUACAAGUGGUUGAAUUCCACUAGUGCAUUGCAGUUAUCUGUUAAAAUAUUUGAAUGAUUUUGUCAUUCUAUAUUUUAACAUACUUGAAUUCCACUAGUACAUUGCAGUUACAUGUUAACAUAUUUGAAUAAUUUUGUCAUUUUAUGUUCUAACAUACAUACAUUUCUUUAAUUGUGAAACCAUUAAUAUGCAGAUAAAACAGUUUCAUGAUCAACCGUCGAUGAUGUUCUAUAUAUGGACAUUGUGUUUUAACAUUUAGAAACGUUUAUAUUACUUUCAAUUUUUUUCAUAAAAAUUGUAUUUUUUAUUUACUUGUUUUGAAAAUCGUCAAGACAUACCUUGUUUUUACGUUAAUAUUUAACACGAGCUGGUGGUCAUUUAUAUUCUUCACAUUCUAUUCAACAUUAUUAUACCCCAGAUACCAAGUAUAUAUGGGCUAUAUUAGAGUCACGUGCAGUGCGCACAACUCAGGUCACUAAGUCCAGUGUCAAGGUCACAUUUCAGGUCAAAUGUUAAAUAGCUUGAUUUGACGCUCUCUCUAUAUUGUUAAAUCGUUCGGAAGAUUUUCAUAAUUCUAACAUAAGUUGUUUCACCUGACUAAGACGAUGUGAAUAGCACAAAGUUCAGGUCACUAGGUUCAAGGUCAGGGUCACACUUGGAGGUCAAUGGUCAAAUAGCUUAAUUUCAUGUCCGCUCAGUAUCGUCUUACCCUCUUGAAAGAUUUUCAUAAAACUGGCAUGAAUUGUUUACGUCAUAAAGACGCGCAGAAAAUAUGACCUGUGUCACUAAGUCAAAGGCCACACUUAGAGGUUGCUCUGAUUACUAGUUCAAUCAUGUAGAGCACUACAUCUAAUUCAUUCUGUCAUGGCGGAGAUGGACCAUGCUUCCUCCCAGAUGAACGUUCAUCCCGGGUACUACUAGUACCCUGUCGAACUGCGGGUGUGUAUUAGAGAUUUUGUGAAUUGUAGCUUUACUUUGCAAGCUUCAAAUAUAAAUUAUAUAUCAUUCUAAAGAUCUCCAAAGGUGGUUAUAAGAUCUUAUUAACUUUUUAGGUAUUUCUU